AUGCCAAUAUGUCUGUUGGAGGAGAUGCAACAGGACUCCAUGGAAAGUGCUUCCCAGGCACUGGAGAAAUAUAACAUAGAGCAGGAUAUUGCAGCCCAUAUUAAGAAGGGGUUAACAAGAUGUACAACCCCACCUGGCAUCUUGGGGAGGAACUUCAGUAGUUACAUCACACGUAAAACCAAACACUUCAUUUGCUUCUACUGA